CAUAAAGAGCUUGUCUCGGUACCAGAGCAUCACACACUUUCCAAGGAACUCCAAAGAACCACAAUGAAGACCCUCCUUUUUGUAUCUGCAACCGCUCUGCUAGCCAUAGUGGCAUUCCUGCCACCCAGCUCUGAUGCCAAGGUGUUUACCAAGUGCGAACUGGCAUCCCGACUGAAGGCUGAAAUACCACAGAUGGAACAUGAAAGCAAAAAGAAGGUGUAUGAAAUACUUGCCAAAGUGAUUUGCCACGUGGAAACCACGACUGGCUUCAACACCAGUGCUGUCAGCCCUGCUGGACCCCCUAAGGACAGCCACGAGGAGACAGACGAGUCAGACAGUGAUGAAGACCACAAGCUCAGCGGGAUGUCGUCCAAGGGCUUUGGCAGUCUAUUAGGCAUCUUCCAGCUCCCCAGCAAAUUGGUCUGCAAUAAUACAAUGAGCUUGUGCAAACUGAACUGCAACAAACUGAUUGAUGAUGACAUCACCGAUGACAUUACUUGCAUGAAGUCUUUUUUUCAGUUCAAGGGGGGCAAGGGGCCUCAGUUUGGAGAGCACUGCUCAGGGACUAACUCGUCUGCCUAUCUGUCAGAGUGCAACUUGUAACCAGCACUCUGAAGAAGAACCAGCUUCGAGCCUCUGUCCUCUUUCAAUGUUUUUUUCUACCUUUUUAAAUAAAGCUGUUCCAUAAUGUGUUCGUAACAACAUCAGCCAACUGUUAAUAGCUUGAUAACUGUUUGUUUUCUAAAAUGAUACAUAGUUGCCGAAUUUGUGAAACAGAGACAGCGACAUGCUCAUAUACUGCAAGUAAUUCAUGCUCGCUGUUUUAAUAUUCUAGUUCAGUGUUAUAAGGUAACUGUGUCUGCUGUAAAUGCAACGUUGAAUUCUUUAAUACCAAGCAUCUAGCUUUUAUUGUGGCAUUAGAAACAGCUACAAUCUUAUUUAGCUUUCACUUCUUUUGCAUUCUUAUUUCAAUAAAUCUUCAUGAAAAUUAA